AUGGAUGACACCGAUGCUGACUCAUUAAAGAGUGCAGCUGAGCAUUUGAUAAGCACAUUGGAUGAUCCAGUCGUUGUGGUACUAGGUUCAUCUCCAGAGAAAGACAAGCUCUGUGGCGGAGGAGGUGGUGGAAAGAAAGCCCGAAAAUCUCUCAAGUGCCUUAGAGAAAGCUCAGGAAGAUCUCGUGGCAACUCUAUCCGAAAAGCUAGGGUGAAGCACAACUUCAAAAGUGAACUGCAUGUACAGAGAGAAGGAAGAGCACAUAGCUUGAUUCUAGACAAGACUAUGUUUCGAUUUGCUUUACUCAUUGAACGUCGUCCCAACGGUUUUGGACGUAUUACAAAACACGACCGCGCUUUGACUGUGUUGGGUUGUGUCACCGGAGUUACUGAUGCGGUGAUAUGA